AUGUACAUCACCCUCUACUACAUAGUCACCCGGCUCCCUGACUCUCUCCGUGUAGUGAGGGACCACUUCCUCUCAGUUUGCUCCACCACUCUCACCGUUGACCUCCUCGAGAAGAGCCUCCUAGCAGCAGAGAAGAGCAUAGUCGCUGUAGGAGCCUCUCGUGGUGACCCUCGCACCCCCGUCUUUCAGGGGUGUUCCCCCUCCUCCCUCUUGCCCUCUGUUGCUUCUGCUGCUGCGGCCGACCUCGUUGGUUUCGAGUCGGUCGGCGCUGCGUCUGCCUCGAGCGGGAGACGCCGCACCGGCAAGGGCAAGGGGGGCAAGGGCGCUGGAGGGGCUGGCGGGGGCGGUGGAGGUGGUGGUGGAGGCAGUGGAGGGGGUGGGGGUGGUGGUAGGAGUGGUGGCGGGGGUGGAGGUGUCGGUGGCAGCAGUGGAGGCGGAGGAGGCGACGGCGGUGGCGGAGGGAGCGGAGGCGGCGGAGGUGGUGGAGGCGGCGGAGGCGGCGGAGGUGGCGGAGGCGGCAGCGGCAGCAGUGGACCUGGUCACAGCUCAGCGCAGAGGAGUGGCUCCGGUGGUGGGGAUGCGCCAGCAGCAGCAGCGCAGUCGGCGGGGGUUGCUAUCUUUGAUCUUGAUUUUGAUGCUAUUCUUGCUGCCAUGUAUGCUGUUGCUGAUAGUAAUGAGGGUGACUGUUACCUGUGUGUUCCGCCUGACCCGGGCAUUGAGGCUGCUGCUCUAGGUGCUGGUGAGGCUGCUGCUCUAGGUGCUAGCGCGUCUGCUGCCCCAGGUGCUGGUGAGUCUGCCCUCUCAGGUACCACGUCGGCUCAGGCCUUACACACAUUCACCCUUGACUCAGGUGCUUCUCGCUCCUUCUUUCGAGACCUCACCACACUUACGCCGCUUAGUCGGCCGGUUGCGGUCUCCCUGGCGGACCCCUCUGGGGGUCCUGUCCUUGCUCGCUUCUCCACUGACUUACCCUGUUCGGCAGCCCCCUCUGGCACCCUGUCAGGUCUCUACCUCCCCUCGUUCUUUACGAACUUGGGGCACGAGCGUUACUUCCUGUUGGUGGUUGACGACUACUCGCGUUACACCACGGUCUUCCCCUUGCGCACCAAGGGUGAAGUCACUGAGGUGUUGAUCGACUGGAUCCGCGCAGCUCGUCUCCAGCUCAGAGAGAGUUUCGGCUCGGACUUUCAUGUUCUGCGUCUGCACUCUGACAGAGGCGGGGAGUUUUCCUCUGCCCGUCUCGGAGCCUUCUGUCGUGCACAGGGCAUCCGCCAGACCUUCACGCUUCCGGCCUCUCCACAGCAAAAUGGGAUUGCUGAGCGCCGCAUUGGUAUGGUCAUGGACGUCGCUCGUACGUCCAUGAUCCAUGCGGCUGCCCCCCAUUUUCUGUGGCCGUUUGCGGUUCAGUACGCGGCGCAUCAGCUCAACCUUCAGCCCCGGGUCUCCUUGCCAGAGACCUCCCCCACCUUGCGGUGGACGGGAAAGGUUGGCGAUGCGUCUGCGUUUCGGGUCUGGGGAUCUCGGGCGUUUGUCCGCGACUUGUCUGCGGACAAGCUGUCUCCCCGUGCUGUUCCCUGCGUCUUCCUUGGCUUCCCCCCUGACGCGCCUGGUUGGCAGUUUUACAACCCCACCUCGCGCCGUGUUCUGUCCUCCCAGGACGUCACCUUUGACGAGUCGGUGCCUUACUACCGUCUCUUCCCCUACCGUGCUGCGCCCCUUCCCCCGCCGCGGCUCUUCCUUGUGCCAGGUCCUCCCCCGGUAGACCCCCUCCCCCCUCAGGGUCCUGCCCCGUCAGGUGUGUCCCAGGUAGACGCAGUCGAGCCUGUCGAGGUAGCUGUUGACUCUAGUGCUGCUAGAGGUGUUGAGCCUGCGGGUGCCGGGUCUGGAGGUGCUCAGCCUGCGGGUGCUGAGUCUGGGGAUGCUGAGCCUGGGGGUGCUGAGCCUGGGGGUGCUGAGCCUGGGGGUGCUGAGUCUGGAGGUGCGGAGCCUGGGGGCGUUGGGUCUGCUCGUGUGACCGCCGGCGGUGCUUCGUCGAGGCGGGAGCCACUCUCUUCGCAGGAGCUGCGCGAGUGGUUUGCCCAGCACUGGAGCCGUGCUGCUGGAGCUGGAGGCACUACUGUUGCUGCUAGUUCUAGAGGUGCUCGUACUGGCGGUGCUGGAGCUGCUGGGCCUGGGAGUGCUGCUGGGGCUGCUGGAGUUGGUCCUACUGGAGGUGCUGGCGGUACUGGAGCUGCCGGUCCUGCUGGAGCUGGUGCUGCUGGAGCUCCUGGAGCUAGAGCUGCUGGGGGUGUUGGCGCUGGUGGUUCUGCUGGCGCUGGUGCGUCUGAGGGUGCUGGAGUUGGCGCUGUUGGAGCUGGAGGUGCUGCUGGCGCUGGUGCUGCCGCUGGGGGUACUGGUGGUGUCCCUGCUCGUGCUGGAGGCGCUGCGCGGCCGCGGCCGUACUUCGUUCCGCUACUUGAGCAGGUUCUUGGUCUCCCGCCUUCUACUGGUCCUGCUCCUCCCUUAGAGUGUCCACAGCCUGUCCAGUCGCAGUCACAGUUACAGCACACCUCCCCUCUACCUGCUCCUUCUCCCUACACUGGUCCUACUGGAGGUCUUGCUGAGCGUCUUGAGCCUGCGUCUCGUCCUGCGUCGCCUGUUCGGGCUGCUCGCGCUAGUCGUCGUGCUCCGCGUCCUCCUGCGGUCCUAGGCACACACCAGAUGGCACUGCGUCCUUCCACUGCUCCUCUGCGUGUCCCGUUGCCGUCUCCUCCAGAGUCCUCUCUUCCUGUCCUUCCUGAACCUGAGUCUGACUCUCUUCGUGCUGCCAGUCCUACUGUCACGCGUCUCCUGGCCACUGUUGUCACUGACCCUUCCUUUGAGUCCACUUCUGCGUCUGCCUUAGUGGCUGAGCUUGUCGACUUCGCUGUUCGCUGUCGUCUAGACUACGCCACUAGUCUUGUUGCUGAGUCCGAGUCUGUCUGUCCUCUGUCCGUCGGGGGUGGGUGUGCUCUUAGCACGGACGUCCUUGAGGACAGGCAGAAGGAGUUCCAGUGUUUUGCUGCUGCUUUGCCUCAUCUCGUGUCCACGCUGAUUGCCCCUGAGGGAGACCCAGAUGCACCAGACAUCCCGACUCCUCUAUCGUACGCUGAGGCGAUCGAGGGUCCCUACUCCUCUCAGUGUGGCAUGUGGAUUUUGAGGGUGAAGCGGCCGCCGGGUUCUCCGCCUGUCUUCAAGGCACGUUACGUGGCUCGAGGCUUCAGUCAGUGGCAGGGAGUUGACUACUUUCAGACCUUCUCUCCCACCCCGAAGAUGACCACUCUUCGGGUGAUGCUGCACAUAGGCGCUCAGCGCGACUACGAGCUUCACUCUCUUGACUUCAGCACAGCUUUCCUGCAGGGCAACCUGCACGAGGAGAUCUGGCUGCACCGCCCACCUGGCUUCACUGGGUCGUUUCCUCCAGCCGACCCGUCGCUGUUUCUGCGCACCGACACCUCUUUGCCGCCGUUCUACAUCCUCGUGUACGUCGACGACUUGGUCUUUGCCACUGCUGACACUGCUGGACUCGCCCACAUGAAGUCCGAGCUGCAUAAGAGACACACGUGCACAGACCUGGGUGAACUGCGCAGCUACCUUGGCUUGCAGAUCACCCGGGACAGAGCACAGCGCACCAUUAACCUGACUCAGUCACACAUGAUGCAUCAGGUCCUUCAGCGCUUCGGCUUCAUGUACUCCUCGCCUCAAGCCACUCCUCUGUCUACUCGCCACUCGCUCUCAGCUCUGCCUUCGGAUGAGUCCGUAGAGCCGAGUGGCCCGUACCCAGAGCUUGUUGGCUGCCUCAUGUACCUGAUGACCUGCACACGACCUGACCUUGCAUACCCUCUUAGCAUCUUGGCACGCUAUGUUGCUCCUGGGAGACACCGACCAGAGCACAUGGCUGCAGCGAAGAGGGUGUUGCGCUACGUGUGCAGUACGUCGGGCAUGGGGCUAGUGCUUGGAGGGCGACGUCGAGUGGUCCUCACAGGUCACGCAGACGCUUCUUGGGCUGACGACCAGCCGACACAGCGGUCGUCACAUCGUUACACCUUCAGCCUUGGCUCCGGCUCUGUUUCGUGGCGGUCUACCUGCUCGUCUUCUGUUCUCACCUCCAGCUGUGAGGCUGAGAUCUACGCGGGGGCCAUGGCUGCACAGGAGCUAUGCUGGCUCACCUACCUGCUGACUGACCUAGGAGAGCCACCUCGUUCUCCUCCAGUUCUGUACGUAUACAACAAGGCCAUGCUGGCCUUGUGUCGGGAGCACAGACAGGAGCACAGAACGAAGCACAUUGCUCUUCGCUACUUCCUGGCUCGUGAGCUGCAGCAGCGUGGUCAGCUCCGCCUCACCUACGUGGCCUCUGAGGCCAACACUGCUGAUAUCUUCACCAAGGCUCUUCCGCCUUGUGAUCAUCAGCGCUUCUGUGCUAUGCUAGGUCUUGUGCCUACUUGUCCUCACUUGCUCACUUCAUGA